AUGCGUACGCUAAUAUCCUGCCGAUAUGGAUUGCCUGUAUGCUAUGCUGAUACAUGGGAGAUUGCUGUUGUUCGCAGUGUCAGGCGAGACAGUUUUGAUCAGUUAGCUGUUUGCAGAUUUUUAACUCGGAGUUUAGCUGUUAAUCUGGAAACACUCAAGUGUUCGUCACUAGUUUCCCAUCGCUCUUUGGUUUUAUUAAUACCUCAACCUUGA